AUCCGUCCGCAGAUGCUGCUGUUGAUACUAAGCUAGAGCUGGGGGUUAUUGCACAAGUCGGAGUGCUGGCUGGUGGCGAGUGGGUGGCUUUUCACCCACACUCAGUACUUUUUAUCUCUCGCUCUUCUUUCAUGUACUGUUGCGUUCUUAUCGAGUGACACGCGGACUAUGAAAAAUAUGACUUUCCGACGUGUAAAGAAGCUGAACUCGAGCGAGCCGGACAGCGGGUCGCUGUGUCAUGACAGUACGGAGAUCUACUUUGCGUCCUCCAAAUCGGACAGCUGUGGGACCGUGGACCGAGGAAACUCCACUGAGGUUUAUAAUUAUAAGACUCUCGCUUACUCUGGAGGGACCCUACCGAGGAACUUUAAAAAGAAUGGUGGGCUGCAAAAAUGGAAGCCCCUCUCACACUCUCCAGAACCGCUAAGAAAAACAGUGAUCCUGAUGAAGAAAGAGGAAGAGGCCUUUGGCUUUGAGAUCCAGACAUAUGGGCUGCAUCACCAGAGUGAGAACUCGGUGGAGAUGUGCACCUUUGUUUGCAAAGUCCAUGAAGACAGUCCUGCCCAACUUGCAGGACUUAAAGUCGGAGACACGAUUGCCAGCGUGAAUGACACUUCUGUGGACGGCUUUCGCCAUAAAGAAAUCGUCCAGCUCAUUAAAUCAUCAGGCAACAGCAUUAGGCUAGAAACUGUGUAUAGCGACUCUAUACGAAAAGCAGAAUUGGAAGCUCGGCUGCAGUAUCUAAAGCAAACCUUGCAUGAGAAAUGGGAUGAAUACAGAUCUCUAAUGGUGCAGGAGCAGCGGCUUGUGCAUGGCAUCGUCAUGAGUGAUGUGGCGGUGUACGAGUCUCUGGAGUCCGCCGGGUUAUACGGUAGUCUGGGAGCUCCGAGCCCUGCUGCCAUGCGCGCGUUACGUGGCACUGAGAGCACGAGCAGCAGCGUCAGCCAUCUUAGUGCUGCCACAACUGAGGACGACCCCCUCUACCAAACCUGCAUCUUCCAGGGGGAGCGUUCCAGCAACGACGAGCUUGACGCCAAACAAGAGAAGACUCAAAGCGGCCGUCCGCGGCUCAUUCGUCCUGCCAGCGAGCUCUUCACUACUGCCAAGACCACCCUGACCCGCAGCGCCAGCACACGCAGUUACCUGAGGGGCCAGCCGCCGUCGUCCUCGGUGCCUAACGGAGAGAAACAGCAGUGCGGCGGGUUCAGCACACUGCAGCGCAAACCCAAACAGAAGAGCUUCAGGCGGAGGCUGUUGAAGUACAUUCCCGGACUCAACCGACCCCUGGAAGAAGAGGAAAGCAAACUGUGAGAAACAAAAGCGAACUGAGAAUUCAAAGACUCCCUUUGCCAAAGACUAAAUGUUUAAAACGAGCGAAAAGGAAACCGAAGACCAAAAGUGGACGCCAAGAUAAACCAAAGAAAAAUCCAGUGAUUAUAAAAGUGUUGUUUUCUGAGAAAAAUUAAGAGCCUUUUUGGUCAAGUUGGUAAAUGACUAAUUGGCUAAAGAUUGGUUGGGCAACUUUAAAUAUUAGUUUUAGACUUGAAGUAUUAAGAUUAGUCUAAAAUGCUGAGAAUAUGUGGAUGUCUGUUUGUCGCUGGAAUAUUGUUUAAAAAUCUGUAACAUAAUAUAAAAAUUAACAAGUUAACGAGCCCAAAAAAUGUGGACCAGCGUGUCUUAAUGACUUUGUCAACUCCUUUAACUAGUUUAUUAACAUGGUCUAACUUUAUUUCCUGGUGCACAUUUUGCAUCUAAUUCAAGAAGCAAACAUUUGUACAUAUUUUGUUCAUGUUUAAGUUAUUUAUUUAAUGUUUUGUUUGUUUGUUUUUUUUCCCUUUUUUGUAAUUUUGUUAAUUGAAGAUGUACAAAAUGAAGGAUUUUUUUUAGCAAAAUACUUUGGUCCUGAAGGAUAUUUAAGUGCCUUUUUUGGCAUGUGUGUGUGUAAAUAACUUUUUGUUUUUUGUGUGAAAAAUGUAGAUUGAAAAUAAAGGAUGGUAUUUUUCCUCAGGUUCUUUAA